CCGGUGUCAAAGCUUUGACGAGGCGGAAGUUUCCACGCGAAUAAACCAACUUCUUGUCUCUCUCCCUCACCAAACCUCUGGUGGUUGUAAGAGCAACACACGCAGAGAGAGAGAGAGAGAGAGAGAGAGAGAGAGAGCGAGAGAGCUGUUGACAAUGGCGAGUUCUGCGUCGGUGAAUUUGGAUGAUGUUCCUUCCAUAGAUCUCAUGACGGAGCUGCUCCGUCGCAUGAAGUGCUCCUCCAAACCCGACAAACGCCUUAUCCUCGUCGGCCCACCUGGAUCAGGAAAAGGUACCCAAUCACCAAUUAUUAAGGACGAUUACUGCUUGUGUCACUUAGCUACUGGUGAUAUGUUAAGGGCAGCUGUUGCUGCUAAAACACCUCUUGGGGUUAAGGCUAAAGAGGCCAUGGACAAGGGAGAACUUGUUUCUGAUGACUUGGUUGUUGGCAUUAUAGAUGAGGCUAUUAAGAAGCCUUCAUGUCAAAAAGGUUUCAUUCUUGAUGGAUUUCCAAGGACUGUAGUCCAAGCACAAAAGCUUGAUGAGAUGCUUGAAAGGCAGGGGACUAAAAUUGAUAAGGUGCUCAACUUUGCAAUUGAUGAUGCAAUAUUGGAAGAGAGGAUUACUGGUCGCUGGAUUCACCCUUCUAGUGGUAGGACAUAUCACACAAAAUUUGCUCCUCCCAAGGUCCCUGGUAUUGAUGAUGUCACUAGCGAGCCUUUGAUUCAACGCAAGGAUGAUACUGCUGCAGUUCUCAAGUCAAGGCUUGAGGCAUUUCAUAGGCAGACUCAACCGGUAAUCGAUUAUUAUAACAAGAAGAGCAUUGUUGCUCAGCUUCAUGCAGAGAAACCUCCAAAAGAGGUCACGUCUGAGGUUCAAAAGGUGCUCUCUUCAUGAAACUGAGCCCUAGGGACUUGGUUUUUGGAGAAGGUACCCUUGGAUUUUUGUUCAUUUAUAUGUAUUUUUUUUAAAAAAAAUAUCGUUGAAUUUGGUGAUCCAUCGGUUGCUUUUUGCUAACUGCAUACCCGGCUGCUGUCAGCUAUUGAGGUGUUAACUCGAGUGUUUUAUUUUUCAAAAAUAAAAAUUAUAUACUUGGAGCAA